CCGCAGAAAAGAACCCACACAAAGAAGAAAAAAUUCAACAUUAGGUUUUAUUGUUUGUUAUUAUUAUUUUUUUUAUUAUGUUAUCACACAUAAUUAUUUAUUUGGAGGUGAAAAAUAUGCAAUAACGUAAUAGAAAGAACUAGUCUUAAUUCUACAACCCGCAUACUUAAGCUAUAAUCAUCAGAUCGAGCAUUUACUAAAUUACCGGUAUAGAUUUAGUAAAUGCUCGACCUGAUGAUUAUAUUGCAUAAGUGGCACUCUUAAAGAGUUUAACUGUAAGGUGCGAAUAUAAUGAAGCGUUUCGUUUAUAUUCCCCCAGCAGGGCAGGCGGGCCGCAUUACUAGCCUGAACCGCUUCGACCCCAAGUACGCGUCGUUCGGUCCCCGCGCGCCCCGCCCGCGCCCCGCCGCGCCGCCCCCGCCGCUGGCCACGUUCUCGGCCGCGCCCCCCUCCGCGUCCGCCUCCCCCUCGCCCGCCCCCGCCCCGCCCGCCGACAAGUACGCGACCGUGCGCGCCCCCCGCCGCGCGGAGCCGCAGCCCCUCUCCGCCGCGGCGCUCGACUACCGCUCGCUGCAGCGCCCGCGCCGCCACCACGCCGCGCCGCCGGCCGCCGCCUCCGCCGCCGCCGCCGCCGCCGCGGCCGCCGCCUCUCAGCACCGCCGCCGGACCGACCGACCGGACCGACCCGACCGACCGGACCGCACUCAGCACGACCAGCGCGACCUCUACGCCGUCACCGAGCUAUAGUACCGCUACAAGUUGAGUGGUAGCUCGUUCUGAACCAAACUAAUGCCACCGACUUGUUAUGUGACGGUGCGACUGUAA